GUAAAGUGGAAAACAAAUGCAGUGCGUGCAAAGCGCAAACAAAUCACAAUGGCCAGCAAUGAAGCAGCAGAAGUAAAAGAAGAAGAAGAAGAAAGAGAGGAUGCAACAAUGGCGAAGUUGGGUUCCUAUGGUGGCGAAGUGAGGUUGGUGGUUGAUGGAGAGGAAUCAGCUGCAGAAGAGAUCAUGCUUUUAUGGGGAAUCCAACAACCAACUCUUUCCAAACCCAACUCCUUUGUUUCUCAGUCUUCAUUGAAACUCUCCAUCGACUCUUGUGGACACUCUCUCUCCAUUCUUCAGUCUCCUUCUUCAUUGGGCACGCCUGGAGUAACUGGAUCAGUGAUGUGGGACAGUGGAGUUGUAUUGGGGAAGUUUCUAGAGCAUUCUGUUGAUUCCGGGAUGCUUGUUCUACAGGGCAAGAAGAUUGUUGAAUUGGGAUCUGGUUGUGGCUUGGUCGGUUGCAUUGCAGCUCUUUUGGGUGGUGAGGUCAUUCUUACUGAUCUUCCCGAUAGGCUGAGGCUACUUAGAAAGAACAUUGAAACCAACAUGAAACAAUUUUGUCUACGCGGAUCUGUGACAGCAACUGAACUCAUAUGGGGAGAUGAUGCUGACCUAGAACUUGUUAAGCCCAUGCCUGAUUAUGUGCUUGGAUCCGAUGUUGUUUACAGUGAGGGGGCCGUCGAGGAUCUGCUAGAGACUCUAGGGCAGCUCUGCGGGCCUAAUACAACUAUCUUCUUGGCUGGCGAACUUCGAAAUGAUGCCAUUCUUGAGUACUUCCUAGAAGCUGCAAUGAACAAUUUCAGAAUUGGUCGGGUCGAUCAAAAUCUGUGGCAUCCUGAUUAUCGCAGCAACCGAGUUGUUCUUUAUGUUCUUGUGAAGAAAUGAAAGUUUCAGAAUUAAUGAAACUAUGUUACUUUAUAGUUUAUACUCUACUAGAGUGUGACCCUCCUAUGCUAGAAUUCAUUGUAAAAGAUAUUCUCCUUCCAUAUAUUAUUUUUUGAUAUCAUGCUCAUUUUGAGAAGCCUAACAAUUUUGUUUUGACAGAUAAAAGUGGACUAUCAUCUGUGAACCAUUUUCAGUGAAUUCAUUCACAACCACUGUUAAGAAGACACAAUAUUGUAAUGCUUCAUGGAACAACUAAAACUCCAAUUCUUGCUUGGCUAUCAUCAAAGGCUACUUAAAUUCUAACAUGUAACAAAGUAAAGUCCAGUGUUGAUCAAAGAACUCCUAAAGCUAGAUACAUAUUUACUUUCUAAUUAUCUAUCAAUAGAAAUGCAAAAUUAAAAGUUAGUCACAAAGAGAACAUCUGUCAAAGUCGUUGAAUUAUGAGUAAAUUUUAUUCGACUA